GAAAUGUUCGACGCGCUCAGAUCCAAAAGGUGUUUCGGUUUUCGGUGUUUAUUUUUAAACUCCUCUGGGAUAAUGAAGGGGAAUUAUUUGUGGCUGGUGGGUGGCCUGCUGGCCUUGGCACUGGCGUGCAGGGCACAGGAGGAGCAGGAGCUGGGCUGCAUCUGGUACGGCCAGAGCCAUCAGAUUGGCAACCACUGGCAGAAUCUGGCGGACACGGACCCGGCCAGGGCCCUCAACAGUCCCGCGGCCGAGGCCGUCUUCGCCCGCCGCUGUCCCACCCUCUACAAGGAGUACAAGGGGGAGAGCGGUGAGGAGGAGCUGGAGCUGUGCUGCGAUGCGAACCAGAUCUUUACGAUGGACUCUGGCCUGUCCCAGGCGGACGGUGUGUACUCCAGGUGCCCCACAUGCACCAGAAACAUGGGCCAGACUGUGUGCGCCAUGACCUGUGCCAAGAACCACACACUCUUCCUCACGCCCACGACGAGCUUUCUGGAGACUGGCGUGGAGUAUGUGGAGUCCAUUGAGUACAGGAUAUCGGAUGAGACCGUCCAAAAGGUGUACAACAGCUGUGCUGGGAUCCAGCACACCCAGACGGGUCGGCCGGCCAUGGAUCUGGGGUGCGGCGCCUACAAUGCCAGGACCUGCGACUACCGCAAAUGGUACGCGUUCAUGGGCGACGUGAGCGGCGACUAUGUGCCCUUCCAGAUCACGUACAUGUGGUCCGAUGAUGCCGAGGAGGGCUCCGAGGAGGAGUACCUGAGGCUGUUUCCGCUGGACUGCAGCGAGAGGUACAACGACAGCUAUGCCUGUGCCUGCAUCGAUUGCCAGGAGUCGUGUCCGCUGACGGAUGUCCCCACGGGUCCGGACGAGCUCUGGAAGAUAGCCGGCCUGUACGGCGUCACCUUCAUUGUGUCCCUGACCCUGGGCCUGAUCAUCGCGGUGGCCAUAUGCUGGGGCUCCCUCGGCCGCACUGCCCCGCCAAAUAUCUGCAUGCCCACGCUGUUCGGGGAGUUCUUUUAUGUCGGCUUUCGGGCGUGGGGCACCUUUUGUGCCAGGCACCCGGUACUGGUCCUGGCCCUCUGCUCCUGGGCCAUUGGUGGUAUAUCGUACGGCAUCCGGUACAUGAGCAUCACCACGGAUCCCGUGGAGCUGUGGGCCGGCGACGAGAGCCAGACGCGCCUCGAGAAGGACUACUUCGACCAGCACUUCGGGCCCUUCUAUCGCACCAACCAGAUCUUCAUCAAGGCCAUCAAUCAGACGAAUUUCACCCACGAGGCUGUCAGCGGUCUGCUAAGCUUUGGUCCCGCCUUCGAGUACGAAUUCCUGAAGGAGGUCUUCGAGCUGCAGGAGGAUAUCAUGAAGCUGGGUCUGGCCGAGGGCGAGGGCCUCGACAAGAUCUGCUAUGCACCGGUCCUGCUGGCCGGCCAAACUGCCACCGUCGAUGACUGUGUGAUUCAGUCGAUCUACGGCUACUUCCAGCACGACAUGGACGUGUUCAGCAACUCGUAUGAGGACAACAGCGGCUAUACCAUCAACUAUCUGAACAAGCUCGAGGACUGUCUGCGGGUACCCAUGUUGGAGGACUGCUUUGGCCCCUAUGGCGGCCCCAUUGAGCCCGGCAUCGCUGUGGGCGGCAUGCCCAAGGUGGCCGUGGGCGAGGAUCCCGACUACAUGAUGGCCACCGGGCUGGUGCUGACCUUCCUCGGCAAGAACCAAAACGACGACUCCAAGCUGGAGCCCAACAAGAAGUGGGAGAAGCUGUUCGUGGACUACCUCAAGGACUACCGAAGCGAUCGCCUGGAUAUUGCCUUCAUGGCUGAGCGAUCCAUUCAGGACGCCAUCGUGGAGCUGUCCGAGGGCGAGGUGGGCACUGUGGUCAUCAGCUAUGUGGUGAUGUUCGUUUACGUGGCCAUCGCCCUGGGUCGCAUACGCAGCUGUCGGGGUUUCCUGCUCGAGUCGCGGAUCAUGCUGGCCAUCGGCGGGAUCGUCAUUGUCCUGGCCUCGGUCGCCUGCAGUCUGGGCUUCUGGGGCUACUUGGAUGUGACCACCACGAUGCUGGCCAUCGAGGUGAUACCCUUCCUGGUGCUGGCCGUCGGCGUCGACAACAUCUUCAUCAUGGUGCACACGUUCCAGCGACUGGAUCACAGCCGCUUCGAGACCACCCACGAGGCCAUUGGCGAGGCCAUUGGCCAGGUGGGUCCGUCGAUCCUCCAGACGGCCGGCAGCGAGUUCGCCUGCUUUGCCAUCGGUGCCCUGUCCGAUAUGCCGGCCGUGAAGACCUUCGCCAUGUACGCGGCGGCGGCCAUCCUGUUCGACUUUCUCCUCCAGAUCACCGCCUUUGUGGCCCUGAUGGCCAUCGAUCAGAGGCGCGUGCUCGACGGACGCCUGGAUAUGUUGUGCUGUGUGCAGACCAAGAAGAAGCCCGAGUCGGAUACGCCCCAGGAUGUGGGCCUGCUGGAGAAGCUGUUCAAGAACUUGUAUUCCCCCUUUCUGCUCUCAAAACCCGUCAAAGUGGCCGUGCUGCUGAUCUUCACGGUCAUCACCUGCCUGUCGCUGAUGGUGGUGCCCUCGAUUGAGAAGGGCCUGGACCAGGAGAUGUCCAUGCCCAAGGACUCGCAUGUGGUCAAGUACUUCCGCUACAUGGUGGACCUCCUGGCCAUGGGCGCCCCCGUCUACUGGGUGCUCAAGCCCGGCCUCAACUUCACCGAACAACAGCAGCAGAAUCUCAUUUGCGGCGGCGUCGAAUGCAACAACAACUCGCUGUCCGUCCAGCUCUACACGCAGUCCCGCUACCCGGAGAUCACCAGCCUGGCCCGGCCCGCCUCCUCCUGGCUGGACGACUACAUCGAUUGGCUGGCCAUCGUCGAUUGCUGCAAAUACAAUACAACCACGCAAGGCUUCUGCUCGAGCAAUUCAAAGAGCGACGACUGCCUGCCCUGCGAGCGGGAGUUCACGGAGGAUGGCCUGAGACCCAGUCCGGAGACGUUCAGCAAGUAUUUGCCCUACUUCCUGUUCGAUCUGCCCGAUGCGGAGUGCGCCAAGGCGGGGCGGGCCUCCUAUGCGGACGCCGUGAUCUAUACGAUAGAUGACGAGGGCAUGUCCACCGUGCAGGACACGUACUUCCUGCAGUACUCGACCACCUCGACGACCUCCGAGGAGUUCUACUCGCAGCUGCGCGAGGUGCGGCGCAUAGCGGGCGAGAUCAACGCCAUGUUCGCCGAGAACCAUGUGGAUGCCGAGAUCUUUGGCUACUGCGUGUUCUACAUCUACUACGAGCAGUAUCUGACCAUCUGGGAGGACGCCCUCUUCUCGCUGGGCCUGUCGCUGGUGGCCAUUUUUGUGGUCACGCUGGUCAUCACCGGGCUGGACGUCACGUCCGCGCUGAUUGUGCUCUUCAUGGUGAUCUGCAUCCUCAUCAAUAUGGGCGGCCUGAUGUGGGCCUGGAGCAUCAAUCUGAAUGCCAUCUCGCUGGUGAAUCUGGUCGUGUGCGUGGGCAUCGGCGUGGAGUUCGUCUCGCACAUUGUGAGGUCGUUCAAGCGGGCCCCGGGCACGGCCCAGGAGCGGGCCCGUCACUCGCUAAACGUCACGGGCAGCAGCGUCCUCUCGGGCAUUACGCUGACCAAAUUCGCCGGCAUCGUGGUCCUGGGCUUCUCCAACUCGCAGGUCUUUCAGGUCUUCUACUUCCGCAUGUAUCUGGGCAUCGUCCUGAUCGGUGCCGCCCACGGACUGAUCCUUCUGCCCGUUCUGCUCAGCUGCAUGGGCCCGCUCAGCCGUGUGGCCAGGCCCUCCAGUGCCACGCCCACUGUCCCAGCGACAACAGCCACCUAAUCUGAGAUCCCAGCAUUAGCCAUCUAGACUAUAAGCAGACGAUCCAUGUAGUUCGUAGAGUGUCCUAGGCCUUAAGAUUCAUAAUUCCAUUUUGUCCAUUUGGUGUUUUUUUUUUUUGUUUUGUUGU